UCGAUAGAGAGAGAGAGACGCGAAACGAGAAGGUUGGAAUUACCCCUGUCUCUUUAAGAGCACUCAUCCUUAGUGGCAAAAAGAAGAAAAAGGCAAAGCGUCCGAUGACAGCAGCGGACUGACACCGGGCUGCACGAAGGGAUUUAACACGAUCGCAAACUUGAGGGCCUUGGAAUUAUCGUUUUCCUCGUCUUCUGAUUUUUUUUUUUUUUAAUUUUGAGAGAGAGACAGGCUUGUUUUGACGCGAACGCGCUCAGCAAUAAAUCAAGAUGGGAAUUAAAGCCUGGGACGUGUCUGCGUGAUUGUCACUCAAGGGGGGCGUUCUCUGGACUGUUCGUGCGGCCGCUGACAGUUGAAGUUCGGCGCGAGCGGCCGUGAGAUGAGCAAACGAUAAAACUUGGAAAAAAUCACCUGAAGGAAAGCGCGACGGCGGGAUCGACGCAGACUCCACUCUCGGACUGAAGGAGGGCGUUGAGUCCGCACGGAUGUGCUUGCUUUCCUAGUGCCUGGAGAGAGUAGAUUUUAAACAGCGGAAAUGUGAUUGUUUUUCCUCACAACCAUGUUUUUUCCAUUUUUAUUAAUGCGAUGAUGUCUAACUGGGGUCUUGUUGUCAAAACAAAGUUGCGGCUUGUGUGACAGACGGCGAACACAGCACUCCGGCACCUGUCUGCGGCGGCUCAGCUUGGGAGACUCGGCAUCACCUCGCCUUUCUUGGAUUACUUGGAAUAUUUUGGCAUUGUGUAUUUUCGGCUUUUGUCUCAGUGGCUUUUCCUUUUUUAUUCCAAUACUUGAAGGUCAUCAGUGGAUCUACUGGCGUGCAUCUGUUUAUGUACACACAUAGUGGAAUUACGCGCUGUUUCUGGUUCAUCUUGUUUUUUAAUUAGAUUUCUUUCAGGGGGGCGGUUUGGGAAAAUAAGGCGGGAGUAGGGUGGCUGCUGGAACAGCCAUCCACGAUUUAAAAAGAAAAAACUCUUCCUUGGUGUUUUUUGUUUGUUUUCCGUGGUGUGUAAAGCCUUUGGAAAUGGAUGCCAAAAUGAGGCAAAGCCGGAGAUCUAGGUCCCAGAGGGAUAGGGUACGGAGGAGGGAGGCAGCUGGCAGAGAUGCCCACAACCAGAGUCCGUCGUCUGGCUCUGACAGGGAGCGCAGCCCCGGCACUGAGCGGGCUGCCCACGACGGGAGUCUAGCCGCCCCUGCCCGUACCCCUCGUCCCCCCCGGAGAAAGAGACGGGAGUCCAGCUCCCAGGAGGAAGACAUCAUUGAUGGCUUCGCGAUCGCCAGCUUCAUCACGCUGGACUCCCUGCAGAAGGAUCUUGCCCUGAAGCCUCAAGAUCGUAAGGAGAAAUGGCAGAAGCACGCUAUAAAGAGGCGGCGGGAGCCAGAGUAUGAAGUAGCAUCUGAGCUUGCAGAGAACGGACGCAAUAAUGAACAUGGCAGCUCAGAAAGAGAACAGGAGCGAGGCAAAGAGAGAAUGAAGAGCAAGGUGAUGCAGAAGAAGUCUGCACAGAGGACAGGAUCUUUUACUUGGACAGGAGGACACAGUGAAGAUGAGUUGAACCAGGACUUGAAGGGAACGGCAGAGCGUAGUAGCCCAAAAGAUCAUCUUAGUGAGAGUUCAACUCACAGUCUUUCAGGCCGGGGUUAUUCGUGUGACAGUGAAAGUGACAUCGAUGACAAGGCAUCUGAUGUUGGAUCAGAGAAGCUCUUCUCUCCGGCUUCCAGCAAAGGUCGUAACUUGAAUGAAAGUCUUGAGUCAACGACUGCAAGUUCAACCAAAGUCUCUGGGCUCCAGCGCAGUCAAGAACAGAGCGCUGAGGUGCCCUUCGCGCCACCUGUCACCACCCCCACCCCUGCUUCUCCUAACAUUGGAUCCACAGCACCCACUGCCUCUGCAGUACUGCCUCCAAGUGCCAGGAUCAGCAGCCCAGCACCCCCAGUGAAGGAGUCCCAGCCACAGUCGGCACCCCCUUCUCCCCAACUGAUUGCCCAAUCACUGCCUCAGCCUGAGCUGCGAGCUCCACCUAUCCAGGCACCUUCCUAUCCUCCAGCCAUCCAUCAAGUUCAUCACCAGACCCAGUACAACGGUCACAAUAAUAUCAGCAGAAGCAGCAGUGCCAGCAGUAAUACCAGUGUCAGCCUUCCAAAGCAGCACCUGCCCCACUCUCCUCUCCACUCUGCCUUGCCUCCACCUGCUCUGCCUCUAUCCAUUGCCAACCUCGCUACCUCGCACUAUUCGCUGCGACCUCCAGCACACCACCAUCCGGCCAUGUUUGCGACUCCUGCCUCACUGCCACCUCCACCAGCCUUAGCAAACAACAGCCUUGUGGUACCCGGACAUCCUGCCGGAGCUGCUUACCCAGAACAUGACCUCUUACGACAAGAGCUGAACAAUCGUUUCCUGGUUCAGAGUUCGGAGAGAAGUGGAGCAGCAGUCCACACGCCCUUAGCCCCAGUGUCUCUUCUGAGGGCUGAGUUCCACCAACACCAGCACACUCAUCAGCACCGACACACCCACCAGCACACGUUCACGCCCUUCCCAGGCAGCCGGCCCUCAAAUCCAAUGAUUGGUCCUCCCAGUGCACCCAGCAUGGUGCGUAGCCUGGCUCAAAAUUUUGACAAGUACACAUCCAAGCUCGACAACCCCUUCCUGCGACACUCCAGUUUUUUCCCAUCGUACCCACCGCCAAUGUCUGGCAUGGCUCCCCUUCUUCCUCACUCAGCCCCCUUCAGUUCUCUGCAGGGUGCCUUCCAGCCUAAGGCUUCCAAUCCAAUAGAUGUAGCAUCUCGCCCUGGUGGAGUACCUCACACACUUCUACAGAAGGAUCCACGGGUGUCUGAUCCUUACAGAACUUCUGUCAGAAAACCAGGUAAAUGGUGUGCAGUUCACGUUCAGAUUGCCUGGCAAAUCUACCACCACCAGCAAAAAAUGAAGCAAAUGCAACUGGAUCCACAUAAACUGGAUAUGAACGGCAAGCUGGAUCUGUUCAGCAGACCACCAGGCCCAGGCCUCUUUCCAGGACUCCCAUACCCCCAUGACCUUGCUAGGCCACUCUUCCCAGCAACUGGAGCAGCAAGGCGGCAGACCCCAUCAAUCGUCCAGCUCUGUCUAAGGCCUCCCACCAAAGGUGCUGGACACCCUGCAGCAUCCCCUUAUGGACCCCCUUCUCAUCAUCACAGCAGCUUCCUGGCUACAGGUCACCUGGCAGAUCCUUAUAACCGCUCCAGUGCCUACAGCGGUCUUGGAAACCUCACAUCCAGUGCCUUUGGAGGAUUAGGCAACCCUUCACUCACUUCCAACAGUGUGUUUGGACCCAAGGAAAGUCAUGGCCUGUCAGGAUUUAGUAGUCCCCACCAUGACACAUGGAAUCGCCUUCAUCGAACACCACCCUCUUUUCCCACACCCCCUCAGUGGCCAAAAUCAACUGACAAUGAACGUAGCUCUUCUGUGACCAACCAUGACAGAGAGAAGGAGAGAGAGCGUGAAAGAGAGCGGGAGAAGAGAGAAUCCCUCAGCAAAGAGGACAGAGACAAAGACAGGGAUACACAAGACAAGAGCCGGACCUCCAACAGGUCAUCUCCUGCCUCGGCUCCAGUUGGAUAUCAAAUCAGCAACUUAAUCCGUAGCAGCAGUAUUGAACGGACACGGGAGGGAGAAAAGGAGUCAGUAGAGCGCCUGAGAGAGACAUCCCUGAGCACAGACAUUAAGGUUAAAGAGAGCCACUCUCCGGGCAAGGAGGUCCAUGAGCGGCGCCAACCGGAGGACAUGAGCAAACCUUGCCUUCAGCCACCAUCUCCAUAUGGCAAGCCUAUCCUUACUGAGCCAACUCUCAAGAUCACAAGCACAGCAGGAAAAGAUGGUGACACAAAAUCGAGACAGUCCCCAUCUGCUGAGCUACUACACAAGGUAAAAAAUGAUGUCAAAGUCAAGGAGGAACGCAAAGAAGAGCAGGAGGUCAUGUUGGUGAGCUCAGAACCAGCUACUGCCGCAACACAGCAGCACCACCCAACAGCUCAUCAGCCUCCCUCUAGGUGCACAGAUCUACCUUCUCCGGCCUCUCUUCAUAGUGUCCAUCUGCCUCACUCAAUGCCACUGUCCUUAAGUGGUGUCAAUCAGGUCAACAGUUUCAAUCUUUUGGAUCGUACUCGAGUGGCUCCAUUCAUGGGCAUAAGCCCCUUAUCUUCCACAAGAGAGCGUUUACCCCACCCAGGAUUCACCUGGGAUCCUUUAAGAGAUGCCUAUCGCAGCCUGGAUCUGCACAGGAGAAUGGACUACCAGUUGCGGGCAGAGCAGAGCCAUCGCUUCCCUGGGAUAUAUGAACAUGAGCGAUCGUACAGGGAACGGGAGCCUCAUGACUACUCUCACCACGAACACCUACUUGAGGCCCGCCGGGAGCACGAGAGACUUCGCCAGGCGGAAGAAAGGGAGCGGAUGCAUAUCCGAGAUGAGUUAGACCGAGCUCGCUUGCACCAGCUUCACCAAUCGCCCAUUGAGGGUCAUUUGCCUCAUAUGCCACCGUUCAUGUCCCCUCUGGGAAGCAUGCAUUACCCGAGGCUGAGCCCAUCAGCUGCCCACAAUGGAAUGCUAAACAGGACACCACCAACUGCUGCUCUGAGUGCGCCACCACCAUUAGUUCCUACUGGCAGCACCAGACCAACCUCUCCCCGAAGGACUACCCCAUUGGCGUCCUCGGAGCCCAGAGAGUACUCGCCCACACACAAUCCCAAAGAAGUGGAAGCACGGUAGCUCUGAGCUGGACAUGUAGUACAUACAGGGGACAUUUCCUUUCUUGUGCACUUUUGAAAAAGAAAACAAACAAAACUAAAUGCACUGCUUUUAUCAAGACAGAACAAUAAAGGGACUGUACAUUUGUUAAAAUGAAAAAAAGCACAUGUCAUGCUUUGUUGUGUGUUUGGGAAGGGAGUGUAUUAUAUAACUAAAUAAAAAUGCAGAGUAUAACAUUCUUAUGUUAAACUUGAGAUUAAUAUAUUAACGAGAUUUCUUUCCCUCAUUUUUCACAUUCAAGGUGAAAUUUUGUGUUUGCCAGUUUAUCUGCCCUUCCCUUCCCUUGUACAAAAAUGAUGAGUUGUUUACAUGUUGGAGAAACUGGGGGUUUUGCUUCCUCCAUAACACACACACACACACACACAUAUAUUAUAUAUUAUAUACAGUAUAUAUAUAUAUAUAUAUGUUUGUAUUUAUCACAGUUCACUGUGAAAUUCUGAGCAUAGGCCAGAUAAACAAAACCAACUUAUUUUUAACAAUGUUUGGUACCAGAAAGAGACUUGAAAACUUUACAUUUCAUUUUGUUUUUGCUCUCUCCCUUUUCUGUUAAUUUUCUGUAUUCAAAACUAAUGUAAAUAGUCCGUUCAUAUUCCUAUUCCUAGGAGAUGACAAUUGUAAAUUAGGCUUUUUAAAAGUUUUUAGGUGGUUUGAAAUACAAAGCAGAGCCAGUGACAAAGUUUCUUCUCCUAAGAUUGAUUAAGACAUUGAAACUUUGUAGAAGAGAGAGAGUCUCUUCACCAUUUUAAUCAUCAAUCUAUGCAAAGGACUGUCGACUGACGGAGCGACUGAAGGAAAUGCACUCAGCUAGGAGACACAAAUGAAGUGGUUUUACUUUUUUAAAUUAACAAUAAAAAGGGAAAAAAAAAGAACAAUUCUUGAACCCUAAAUAUUACUGUUUGGCAGGUCAAGAUGCCUGACCAAAGAAGAGAAGGCACUGUUUGUUUGGUUUUUUAUUUUAUUUUUUCUGGCAGCAAUGGACAGUGUCCAGCCUGUGCUCUUGUGCAGUGUUUUUAAUAGACUCUUGUAUACAAAAAAAAAUCAGUAGGGUUUUAGACGUGCAAAAAAAAAAAAAAUUAAAAAUCAAUGAGCUCUGAUUAUCUAUAGUAAGUCAUGUCCAUAAACAAAUGUUUUGGUUUUGCUAUGGUUCUGCCUGAGCUAAAUUUGGUAUGAUUUUAUUAAAU